AGGAGUGACAUUCUGUUCUUCUUCGGAAAAACUGUGGUAGGAACUGGAACAUUUUCCGGCGGCAGCAGCAGCGGCGGAGAGAAAAACGAGAGAGAAGCGGGAAGAAUGGGGAAGAAAGCGAAGAAGCCAGGAAAAGGAAAGGAGAAAACAGAGAGAAAAACGGUCAAAGCAGAGGAGAAAAAAGCUCGUAGAGAGUCUAAGAAAGUCUCCCCGGAAGAUGACAUUGACGCUAUUUUGUUAAGCAUACAGAAGGAAGAAGCAAAGAAAAAAGAAGUUCAUGUCGAAGAAAAUGCUCCUCGGCCGUCUCCUCGGUCCAAUUGUUCGCUGAACAUUAAUCCAUUGAAAGAGACGGAAAUGAUACUAUAUGGGGGUGAAUUCUACAACGGUACCAAGACAUAUGUUUAUGGUGAUCUUUAUCGGUAUGAUGUGGAUAAGGGGGAUUGGAAGCUAAUUUCUAGCCCUAAUAGUCCGCCUCCUCGAAGUGCUCAUCAAGCUGUUGCAUGGAAGAAUUAUCUAUAUAUAUUUGGUGGUGAAUUUACUUCUCCUAAUCAAGAGCGUUUCCAUCACUACAAGGACUUUUGGAUGCUGGAUUUGAAAACAAAUCAGUGGGAACAAUUGAAUUAUAAAGGUUGUCCUAGUCCACGUUCUGGUCAUCGGAUGGUUUUGUAUAAGCACAAGCUCAUUGUUUUUGGUGGCUUCUAUGACACUCUCCGAGAAGUGAGAUACUUUAAUGAUCUGUACGUCUUUGAUCUGGAUAAUUUUAAGUGGCAAGAGAUUAAACCUACACCUGGAUGCUUGUGGCCGAGUGCUCGGAGUGGUUUCCAACUGUUUGUUUACCAAGACGAUAUUUAUUUAUAUGGUGGCUAUUCGAAAGAGGUAUCUUCUGAUAAAAACAGCUCAGAGAAAGGGAUUGUUCAUUCGGAUAUGUGGUUGCUUGACCCAAAGACUUGGGUGUGGAACAAGGUAAAGAAAGGUGGGAUGCCUCCUGGGCCUCGUGCUGGUUUCUCUAUGUGUGUCCACAAAAAGCGGGCCGUGCUUUUUGGGGGUGUCGUGGACAUGGAGGCUGAAGGUGAUGUGUUAAUGAGCUUGUUCUUGAACGAACUUUACGGCUUCCAAUUGGACAUUAAUCGUUGGUACCCAUUGGAGCUGAGAAAGGAGAAAUCAACAAAAGAUAAGAUCAAAAAGCAAAAAGAUGAAGAUGCCUUUUGUAACGCUCCUAACAGUAGUAUAGAUCCCAUGGAAGUAGCUACAAAUGAUGAAGAUGACACUAUGGAUUGUGAUGAAAUAGCUAAUAUGGAAAGUAACAUUGAUGAUAUCUCAUCUAGUAUGGAGAGAAACAUCAGGGUUGACGGUUCGGAGGUGGCUGUUAAAUCUAAUAUGAAAAAUCAUGAAUCAAGCUCAAAAUUGUUGAGGCCCAGUGCUACUCCGGAAGAGGUAGUGAAACCUUGUGGACGUAUAAAUUCCAGCAUGGUCGUGGGAAGAGAUACGUUGUAUAUCUAUGGGGGCAUGAUGGAAAUAAGAGAUCAAGAAAUCACACUUGAUGAUUUAUAUGCACUCAAUCUCAGCAAACUUGACGAAUGGAAGUGCCUUAUACCGGCCUCUGAGUCUGAGUGGGUUGAAGCAUCAGAGGAUGAUGACGAAGAAGAUGAUGAUGAAGAAGAAGAUAGUGAAGAUGAAAAUGAGGAAAACGAUGAUAGUGAUGAAAGUGACGACGACGAUGAUGUGGAGGCUACAAAUGGUGGUGUGUUGGGAGAUGCUGUUGCAAUAAUAAAAGGUGAAGGGAAGAAACUUCGAAGGAAGGAAAAGAAAGCGAGAAUUGAGCAAAUAAGGGCUAGCCUUGGUCUUUCCGACUCGCAGAGAACUCCGAUGCCUGGGGAAGCUCUGAAGGACUUCUAUAAGCGGACAAACGAUUACUGGCAAAUGGCGGCAUAUGAACAUACUGCACAUACCGGAAAGGAACUCCGUAAGGAUGGUUUUGAUCUUGCUGAAGGUCGGUACAAGGAGCUUAAGCCAAUCCUUGAUGAGCUGGCCAUCUUAGAGGCGGAGCAGAAAGCCGAAGAGGCCGAAGGCCCUGAAACCAGUAGCUCAAGAAAGAAAGGCGUCAAGAAAAACAAACACGUUGCUUCAAAGUAGCCCUGCUGCCUCUUGCAAAAACAAUCUCAUGCGCAAAGUUGGCUCGAUGGUUCAACCCAGAUGCAUAUGCUGGUUCGAUGGUUCACCCAUAUGCUAAUGUGGUGGGUUUUUACUCGUUUGCUCAGCGCUGUUCAAACUCAUCGAGUUUGAUUGUAUUUUAGCAUUUAAUUUUCAGGUUGGUGUGGUCCAUUAUUUGUGUAAGUUAAAACUUAAAAAUCAUCAUACAUUCAGAGCCCUCCAGUGAAUGGAGAUUUUGUGGUGUUGGCUUGAAUGAAAAUCGGUCAUAUUCUAUUGUUGCUGUGAACAGUUUUUUAGUC